UCACGACUUCAGCAUUUCAACAUCUUCCCACACGCAAGACCUUUCCGUGUUGUAAGCGCAAAUUACUCCAUCACAGAGUGAACAGUAUCGACUAGCAAUCAAAACACACCAACUUCGAACACAACAUUCUCCGCGAAAAUGGUCAAGCUCGAAGUCCUCGAAGACGAGCACUUCGUCAACAAGCCCGAAGCCACCACCGACGGUGAACUUCUUGUUGAUGAUGACGAAGACUACACUGAUACCGACUCCGAGGUCUCCGACGACGCCGCCUCGGAAUCCGGCGACAUUGACGAAAGCCUGUACGACCGCAUCAUCGCCCUGCGCGACAUCAUCCCUCCUAAAGCCCGUGCGCGGAUCUCGAGCGUGACUUCCAGCGUAGUCUCCGCGACGUCGACGACCGUCAACUACUCCGGAAAGGGCCUGUGGGUGCUCGCGACGAGUGUGCUUUUGCUUGGUAUCCCGUACGCGCUUGCGUUGGGUGAGGAGCAGCAGUUCCUGGAGCAGGAGAGACAACAGCAGAUGAUGGCCGAGGGUGCUGCUGGGUUGAUCCAGAGUGGGAGUGGGGGUGCGGAACAGCAGCAAGGGCAGACUAAGGCUUCGUUGUAAGAUAUCUUUGCUGGGCAACAUGAGCAUGAGCAUGGGCAUGAUUGUGCGCAUACACAUCCGCAUGACAUCUGACUCGGGACCGGGUUGGCUAUGUCUUCUGGAGCGGCUAUCCCUGCUUGUAUCAAAGUAUGGUCUGGGAUGAUUGUGUAGGAGUAUGUGGAGGAGAGUGCGGUGUCUGCGGCUGCUGAUCGUGGAAGGCCGUGACGCAGAACCGGUGCAGGAAGAGAGGUAGGAUAUGUACGAUAUGGAGGAAACACACAACAACACAUGAGUCGAAGUCGGGAUUCAGGACAGGACUUGGUUUGACCGGGACCGCAGCCUUCGAUGACCGAUUACAGAGAGCAAUGGAUUCUCACGAUCUCGUCUCUACCCUACAAGAAUUUUAAUGUCUGUGCAAGCACGGAAUCAAAACUUUUAGGAAUGAACAGAAAGACCCA